ACACUUAACUUUGCUAGAUGCAUUAUGCAUUUUAUUAAUUAAAGAUAUAAAUAAUAUUAAAUAUAUAUCAUGCGCUUAUAGAAGUGUUUGAGUGCUUUGCCACCCCUAUAUAAAUAGAUUAAGCAUGCACCUCGUCAUUUCAUUGUCAAGCAAAUCUAGCUUCUUAGCUGUACUCUUAUCUUCUAAUCUAAACAUCAGUUAUAAGCUCUAGCUAAUUGUACGUACUUGGGAAUUGAAGCAUGACUAUUUUCUCGGGUGAUCAUGAUCAUUGGACUCUUGCGUUUGGCAUAUGUGGUAAUUUAAUUAGUUUAAUUACUACUUAUUGUGUUAUAUUAAUUAUUUUAUUUUGUUAUCAAACUGUUUUACAGUAGUUAUUAUAACCACCAACAGUGUUGUUUCAAUUGUUGCAUAUGGCCUCCUUUACUUACUACAUGUAUUUCGAUCAACAAGAGGUGUAAGAAGUUUGUCAUCAUUGAAUAUAAUAUAAUGAUGAAGAAUUGUAAUUGUGUACCUCACUUUUGGAGUGAUAUUGAACUUCACAUUUUAUUUUAAAAAAUUAGACUUUGCAUCCUAUCAUAUAACAUUUUUGUGAUGAAAAGUUUCUGAAUGAGUUACAAAGUCAAAGACUUUUUAAGGAAAACAGGAUGCAACGUCUAAGUUUUUUGAAAAUGAGCUACAAAAUCCAAUAUCAACCAAAAAGGCAGGUGAGAAGUCAAAGUAUCCCAGCCUAUAAUGAUGUGUCAUUAAUAUUCUCUAAAAGGGGUAAAGUUAAUGGACUUAUAUACUUUUCCCGCGAGGGUCAAUGCUUAAUACUAUAUAUAUAUUUUCUAAUUUAUAUGUAUAUUUGUAUAUAUAUAUUUACAUAUAUACUACUCCGUAGAAUAAAUAGCUAGAUGGGUCUCACGGGCCCAUCCAGUCAUCCCCUCCUCUCGACUAUUACUUAAUUUCCUAAUGAUUAUUGUAAUAUUUCAUAUUCAGUAUAUCUCGCGUAUACAUUUUAGUAAUGAAUGUUCAAUAGUUUGUACUCCUUUUGUAUCAAAAAGACUAUUCAUGUUUUCUUUAUAGAUUGUAUCAAAUUAAUUUUUUCAUUUUUUGGGGAAAGAAACUAUAAAUGGAGCUACAAUACACUUUAAUAAAGUACUAGUAUAUGGUAUUGCGAGAAUACCAAAACCUCUCAAUUUUUGUAAAGUAUACAGUAAAUUCAUAAACUAUUUUAAGUUAUGUGAAAAACCAAAUGAGAUAUUUAUUUUGAUAUGGGGAGAGUACUAGAUUGGGUACUUGUUCCAGGUCUAGUAGCACUUUCAACUAGAAAUUUCUCCAUCUGAAUAUGUUUUGAAGCUUUUAAUAAUAAAAAUAGUUCGAAGAGUUUAAUUUUUCAAAGACUGGAUUUCAUAUUCGAAUAAACUUGUAUGUAAUCAUAAAAAAGUGGGUGUUUAUUAUGCGCUAGUUAAAGUAAAAUUCAACUAUUAUUCUAUAGGAUUACGUUUCCCACUUUAAAAAUUGGUCAUAAAAUACUUUAAUUUUCAAAUCUAGUUUAAAUAGGCACAUCAAAUAGACCAUAAGCAAAAAAAAAAAGAUCUCUGGAUUUCAAAGUGUAGACAACCGCAACCUAAAAAGUUUAAAAGCUCUUGUCGCAUGCGGUAAAGGAAUAUUUAGAAUUGAAGUCCUGCCUACCGCCUCCAACUAUUUCUCAUUCAACUCAGAUUUUAGUACUUUUAAGGAUUAUUUUAAUUAUUUUAUAAUUUCAAAAAUAAGUUCUAACUGGAGAAUCACAAUUCAACUAUAAUGUUAGCAAUGUUUUAUACUCCAUCAGCCCAAAUAGUUCCAAAGUUUAAUUUGAAUUUUUGGUUAUACACUAUUUUAUAUUAUGUAUACUUCAAAGCAAAAGUAUGUAAAAAGUACUCGUAAGUUUUUUUGUGACACACCUUACUAUUACUUUUUGUGGAAAUGAGAAGAACUUUAUUUUGGAAAAUCCAAAUACUAGUAAAAAAAAAGUGACAACUUGUUUUGAGCAUGGAAAUAUAUUUUGGAGUAUACUUUUGGAUUAAUUAUCAAAAUAGGAGUAAAAGUCACUCACUUUGCACAAAUAGGACCAAAAAAUAAACUAUGUUUUCAUAGGACUAAUUAUGUGUGUCUUGGACAAAUAUACCUUUAUAGCUAUUGAAAUGUAUUAAUUCAUAAUAAAAUAAUAAAAAAUAAUAAAAAUUCAUAAAAAAUACUAAAAGAUUAAUAAAAAUAUUUCGAUAAUAAUAUUUUAUUUUUUUUAUUUAUUUUUAAAAAAUGAUUUUUUAAGAAAAGAAUAAAAACUCAAAAAAACAAAACACUGCCGCCUCUGCCGCCUCUGCACCACCACCUCCAGUCACCAGGGGACAAAAAUGAAAAGUUCAUUACAAAUGCCAUAUUUAUGGCAGAAAACAAUGAAAAUGUUGACAUUCUCAAAGAGAAAUAUGCCAUGUUUUUGGCAUUUUCAGGAAAAAAAUGGCAGUUUUUAGAAAAAAUGACAUUUUUUCACUGGCCUGAGAUGGUGUUGCAGGGAGGUAGUAGAGGCGGUGGGAAAGGCAUCCAUUUUUAUUAAUUUUUUAUGGAGUUUUAAUAUUUUUUUAUUAAUUUUCAAAAAAAAUAAAAAUUAAAAGAAAUUAAUUUUUUAUUUUACAAAUACUUUAUAAUUUUUUUAAUUAUUUUUCUACGAUUUUUUGAAAUUUUUUCGAAUUUAUUAUGAAUUAAACAUUUAAUCAACUCAUAUUUAAAGGAAUGGUAAGAAUGGAAUGAAAAAAUAGGUAUGUUUCCAAUAGGACUAAUAUGGUCCUAUUUUGAAAAGAAAAACAUAAUAAGUCAUAUUUUGAGUUUUUGCCAUAGUUUUAGUCCUAUUUAGAGUAAUUUCUAUAUACUUUUCUUUCCACACAAGUUUAGUUUGUACUUCGUAUGUGAAUUGAUAUUUUUUUCUUCUUUUUCAGAGUUACAUCUUGUAUUCGUACUUAGCCAAAUGAAAUGUUUUUUAAAUAAAAAUUGAUAUUAUUAACCUUUGCUUUGCUGGAAAUUAACAGGAAAUAUCAUAUCCUUCUUCGUAUUCCUUGCUCCAAUGCCUACCUUCUAUCAAAUAUACAAAAAGAAAUCUACAGUGGGAUUUCAAUCAAUACCAUAUGUGGUUGCUCUCUUCAGUGCUAUGCUUUGGAUUUACUAUGCUUUUCUCAAAACCAACACCACUCUUCUCAUCACAAUCAACUCCUUUGGCUGCUUCAUCGAAACCCUCUACGUUGCCUUCUAUCUCUUCUACUCUUCAAAAAAAUCCAAGAUACAGACGAUGAAGUUACUAAUGUUGUCGGUAGUUGGAGGAUUUGGUGCCAUAGUUGUUGUCACACAGUUCGCUUUCAAAGGUGCGAUUCGUGCACAAGUGGUGGGGUGGAUUUGCCUUGUCUUCUCUUUGUGUGUCUUUGUCGCUCCCUUAUGCAUUCUCAGGCAUGUUGUCCGUACGAAGAGCGUGGAGCAUAUGCCAUUUCUGCUAUCCGUUUUCCUCACAAUGAGUGCUGUUGCCUGGUUCUUCUAUGGUCUUCUGCUAAAAGACUUCAAUAUUGCAAUACCGAACGUAUUGGGAUUCAUUUUUGGGAUUCUUCAAAUAGUGUUGUACGCCAUGUAUAAGAACAGCGCCGCAAAGAAGCCAACGAUCAUUGCAGAGCAGAAAGAGGAACAAAUGGUGAUAGAUAUUGUUAAGCUGGGCUCCUUGGUUUGUUCCGACAGUAAAAUCAUCACAAAUAAUGCGGCUGCUGCAGCUGCUCCUUCCGCCCCCGCCGCCUGUGGAGUUGAGGCGGCGGCCGCUGUGAUGAAUGAUCCGAUGAAGAUGGCAAAUACCGCCGCUACUCCGCCGCCUCUGGUUACGCCGUGCUGUUGAAUGGAGCUUAAUUAAUCAUUACUCCGUAUUAUAUUUUGAUGUGUCGAUCUAAAUAUUAUAUGUUUCUCUGUAUGUAUCGAGUAUAUAUAUCUCCUCGAUCUUAUUAAUAUAAUCAUAUCCUGAAGCUAAGCCACACUGUAUGUAUAGUAUAAUGUAUGUACACAUCGAUCAAAUAUAAUGUUGCUUUGAUUUCAUGAUGUCAAUUAAAUAACCUGCUAUCUGAUCUCAUGAUGUCAAUAUUGGUACCAUUUGCGCUACCAAAAAUUA